AUUCCCCACGGAGCAGAAUUUGGAUUAGUGUAACAUUUGCAUAUGAAUUUAAACCCAGCAACUUCCAGGCCCAGUUUGGCUCACUGUCUUCUCCUCCAGCCGAAUUAAGUUUGGUCCAAGGCCCGCUGUUGCCUCCUGGUAGCGGGUAUUCCCACCCUUUGCCAUUCUACACAAACAAAAGGUAAGCCUUCUGUUAACAAGUCAUCAAUUAAGGAUUAAAGUUUAGCCUUGGCGGGGCUUCGCUCAUCAGGCUGGGGUUUAUCUGCUGCCCACAACCCUCAAUUCACGCACUGGGGAGCUGCUCUGUUACUUAUCUAGGCUCAGAGAUCUCCGCUGCCAGACAGGCACCAGAAGAACUCAGAUCAUAAAAGGCGAAAGAUUUAUGCGAUCUGAAGAGAAACCAGAGUGAACUCAGAUCAUAAAAGCAAGCUGCAGUACCUAGGAGGCAGGGCCAUUCCUUACUGCAAAGGAAACCUCUCCAAGAAGCCAAGGCCAAGGAGAGAAGACCUCCUGGAGCCAGGGUGUGUGCUGGGUUCUGAAUAUCCUUCCAGCCUGAAAGCAGCCCAGGCCCACGGACCAACAUGACUCUGCCCCCUACCAGUGUGCAGCUAGACAUGCACAUGAUGGAAUGCGGCAUUUGCUACGAGGCCUACAGAGAAGCUUCCCAUGGACGGGUCCCCAAACUUCUGUGGUGCCAUCACUCCCUCUGCUUGGCCUGCUUGAGAAAACUGGUCUGCGAGACCCAAGCCUACUCUUUUGUGGUCUGCCCCUUUUGCCGAAUGGUAACAUUUGUACCUGAACGAGGACUGCAGGCCUUGAGGGACGAUGAAGCCCUUCUGCAGGAGAUGGCUCCACAAGGACUGGAAGGGAUGGAUUCAGAAGAGGAACCAGUGGAUAACAAAGACUCAUCUGGAUCAUCCAGCUGGUCCCUCAGUGACUCAGCUCUGUCCUUAGAUGUGGAGUUUAACUACAUCACCAACUCGCCCAUCUUCACAGUCAGCAGUCUAGUCCCAGCAUACCCCACACGUCUUCAUCCUGGAAGGGGGAAUUUGGGCAGGUUUCAGCUGCAGGAGUUGAACACCUUGCUGGUGGAGUUUCCAAGCAAUGCCUCCUCCCAGAACUCCCAGGCACCUCCAUCAUCAGUGGAAAAUGUCCGACUUUGUUUUGCUGUGACCAUCAUUCUCAUCAUAAUCUCAAUCUUCUUUUCACUGGUCUUCUUCAAAUAA